CGUUACGCCGAAUGUAAACCUUCAGCGCUAUCACGAAGCAAGCCCUCUCCGCCAUUUCCUCGAUUAUGACGUUCAGCGAUGCGAAUUGGAUGAGGCGCGGUUUAGACGUCAGCUCAGCAACUAGUCAGAUGAGGAUGUGACUCCUGCAGGUUGCUCUCAGCUUCGGGCGCCCCUUGAUCGGUGGGCCCGUGUAGACAAUGUUAUGUCUGUAUAUCUGCAGGUCACAACUCUUGUGUCUCGUAAGCUACCAGUCACCUAUUAUGCUGCACAUUCGUCAAAAGCGUGCCUCGAAGGGUGUGACCUUCGUCAAACCACAAACACAAGCCUCGAGUAGCAAGUUGGCAUCUUCAUCAGCAGUCGCGCGACCAUCAAAAUCAGGGCCUCAAAGCGCGAGAGCCAGACACGUCCGCAAUGCGUCCACAGCAACGUCUACACGUGCAUCACAACGACAUUCCAUUGCUCCAACCAAAGUCAGCAAUCAUCAACGGCGACUAGCAUCUAUCUUCAUGGCAUUAAUGCCGUCGAGUCCCCUUCCGACUGAAACCGACGCAGAGACUCUGGAAGCUGCUCAGAAAGCGAGCAUUGCGUCCAGAGCACAAUCCACAACUCAACAAACGCCCAGUCAGCACCGUAUGCGCACAGGACGUCAAGGCGGGUCGAUAAAAUAGGUUUCGGUACGAGCUAAACCUGAAGAAGAGGAGGAGAGGCAAUACCAGAAGGUGUGACGAGGUUGAAAUGGAUGACCUCGUAGAGCAACGAGAAGUUGUUAGGAG